AUGUCACAGUUAUUGUGCCGAUUACUUUCUGUAACACGUGGGGAUUUGACCCGAAUUCGUCUCAAUGCUAUGUCACGAACAUUUAAUACAGGUCAAGUGCGACGUACACAAGUAACAACAGAUUACGAUGAGGAAGCAGAUGAUCGUGAUCGUUUCAAGUAUGAUAAAUACUACAAUGCAGCAGUUGCGGUAGGUACACCAAUAAUGUUGUCUAUACUUAUAUAUAUGGCUUAUUUGGGACACACUUUAGAAGAACAUUUCGACCAAGACAAAUAUAUCAAUUACCCCUAUCUAACUAUUCGGAGAAAUCCACUCCCUUGGGGUGAUGGGAAUCAUGCUUUAUUCCAUAAUAAAGAGAAGAAUUAUGUGCCGGGUGUUGGUUUUGAAAAGAAGCAGGAAAAACAUCACUGA